CAGCCACUCAGAGGUCUUCACUUCAGCGUGACGAUAGGAAGUUCAAGAGAAAAAUGGAGGAGCACGAAAAUGUCAACUUCAUGAGGCUCAUGUCAGAGGAAAGCACUCAGUCCACCCUGUCUUCAGACUCCUGUGAGUAUUAUCAGACUGAGAUAUUUGACCUGCUGCCCAGCAUCCAAGCUUCCCGACCUGAGCAGAACAGACAUGACUUUUCGGAAGACGCCAACCAGAGUGGCCCAGAGGCUGGGGAGAAGAGUGGCCUCCUGUCCAGAGGAUCCAGAGACAAAACGUAUAUGCAGCCACUCAGAAACUUGGCCAUGUGUAUGCAGGGAAAAAGGAGCGCCAGGGAGAGGAGGAAUCUGGAACUUUGCAAUAUAGCUUUUUGGGAGUCCUGGAGGAAGACCCAAAGCAGCAGCGGGAAGAGGGUGAGGGAACACAUGAGGGAAGCUCUGUCUGGCCUGGUGCCAUGGCGACACACCCUCCGGACCAUUGAAGGCAGGUUUGGAGUUGGCGUGAAGUCCUAUUUUGUUUUCCUCAGAUACCUGAUUUACUUGAACCUGCUAAACUGCGCUCUUAUCGGUGGUUUCAUUCUGGGGCCAACAAUAUUUUAUGGCAGGGGCAAGCAUGAACAGUUGAGAUUUGAAGCAAAUGACUCUGCUUUAGAUUUCUUCUUGGGAACAGGCUACCUGGAUCGUUCCCCUGUCUUUUAUGGUUUUUAUACACGAGGUUCCCUGGAUUUGAAGUGCUUGAACACACCGUUGCUGUACUUUGCUGGAAUCCUCACAAUCCUAACCUUCAGUCUCAUUAUAGUGGUCCGCAGAACAACAGUCGGCUACAAGCACACCUGGAUGCUCGGGAAGCGUUACAGCAUGAAUGUGAGCUAUAAGAUCUUCUGUGGCUGGGACUUCACCAUCCAGGAUCCCGCUGCUGCGAGUCUCAAACACAGCUUCAUCAGAAAUGACCUCAAGCUUUUCCUGGAGGAGCAGAGUUUCUCUUUGCGGGCGGCUCAGAGGACUCUUGGAGAGAAGGUCCGUCUCUACCUGCUCAGAUUAGUCCUCAACUUGGUUGUUUUUUCUCUGCUGGCUGGAGCCUUUUACCUCAUCUACUUCGCCACACAAACAUCUCUGAAAGAGAGCAACUCUAGCUACUACUGGUUGGUCAGUUUGCUCCUCCAAUAUCUUCCUCCCAUCACCAUCACCUUUGUCAAUCUGGUCCUGCCCCACAUCUUCCGUAAGAUCUCGUCUUUUGAAGAUUACUCCUUCACCAUGCAGGUGAAUGCUACUCUUUUGAGGAGCAUCUUCUUAAAGCUGGCAUCCCUGGGGAUCUACUUAUUUUUUGUCUUCACGACAACAAAAGAUUGUGAGUGCAAGGAGAACCAGUUUGGUAGAGAGAUGUAUAAGCUGUGCAUCUUCAACUUCCUGGCCACUUUCUGCAGUGUCUUUCUCUUUGAAUACCCCAGGAAGUUGUUACAAGAGAAGUAUCCUACAUCCUUGCUGGCCCGGCUGUCAGGGAAACAGCGCUUCCUGAUACCUUUCAACGUGCUGGACCUUGUUUACAGUCAGACUGUAUCCUGGGUGGGAGUCUAUUACUGCCCUCUGUUGCCUCUCAUAGGAAUCGUUACGUUGGUGGUCACAUUUUACAUUAAAAAGUUCAACGUCCUGCGGUGCUGUGUCCGAGAGCAGCGGAUGUUUCGAGGCUCCAGCUCCUCAGUUUUAUUCCACUUCAUGUUGCUGGUUGGUCUUUUCAUGUGUGCGGCAACACUGGCAUUCAACCACUAUCAGCUACAAAGCCCACUGAACAAAAACCCGUCCUCCUGUGGUCCAUUUAGAAAUGGAGAAACUUUGCUGAAUGUGACUGGAGUGUGUGUAAAAAGUCUCCCCAGCCCAGCACAGACCACCAUCCACUAUCUGACUUCUGAGGCCUUCGCCCUGCCACUCAUACUAGCAGAGAUCAUAAUCUUAACCUCGUAUCUGUCACGGAGACAAGUCAAUCAGAAGGCCAUUGAGAGACUGAAAGAUAUGCUGGUUAUGAGCAGCUCAGAUAAGCGUUUCCUGGUGAAGCAGCACGCCACGUUGCUGAAACAGCGAAAUAAACAACACUGAGUUGUUUCUGCAGCCAUCAAAGAGGAAGCCACACUCAGUCGCCGAAAACACCCCAACUAUGAUUUAAAAAAGUGGCCUUUACGCUCGCAGACUUUCUCUAAAAUGCUAAAAUACUGUUCUGGCUAAUGACAGCUGGGUGGAGGUGUGAGAUGGCAGAAAAUUAAAAGUCAAAUGACUGAUGAACUCUUGCUUUACAAGCGAUAAGAACCAGAGCUUUAACCCCCCCCCCCCCCCCUUUUUUUUUCAUGUCCUUGUGAGUGCUACGCUGCACUGUAAACCCAACGCUUAAUGUGAUUAAAGAGGCUAAGUUAUGAUUCAAAAUGUUAACUUAAAUAUUUUAACUUUAAUGACAUUUAAACUUGGUGAUACUUGUUAAAUGUUUUGUGGAUUAGAUAUGAAUUACUUAAUGAUUUUAAAGUACUUCUAUUGUUUGAACAUUACUGUGUGUGUGUGUGUGUGUGUGUGUGUGUGUGUGUGUGUGUGUGUGUGUGUGUGUGUGUGUAGAGAGGGAUGAGAGAAAAGUAUCAGUGUGAGUCCUGUCAGGCUGCAGAGAAUAUUAUGUAUGUAAUUAUAGACUGUACUGAGUAAAAUCAAGGAAGACAGGAGAAAGGAGAGUAAACGCAAAGUUUGUCUGCUACAGGCCGCACUUGUCCAUAAAUACCGAGGUGUCUCAAUGACCCUGUAAAGAUUCAGGUUUACAGUGGCAUAGCUUACAGGGGGCACGAGCUAAUUACAGUCCCAAGCCCUGGGAGGGUUGCAUCAGAAAGCGUGUAAAAUCUGUGCUAAAAUUAUUGGUAUGAUGUAUUUGCAUUGGCAUUUUUUUAUGUAUCUUUUGUUGUAUUUUGAGGAUAUGUGACCACUAAUCAUGUGUCGAUAGUUUGUCCACCAUUUUGAAUGUAUGAUAAUUAUUGUGAUAGGACUCCCUUGAAAAAGAGAUUUUUAAUCUCAAUGGGACCUUCCUGGUUAAAUAAAGUUUAAAUAAGUGAGUAAAGCCGCAGUCACAGGACAAGAGACCGGUCUGCAACCAUCUGGCAACCACUGGUUGUGUGGGGAAAAUGAGUAUUCCUGGAGACUGAUGGCAGUCGCUGGGAAAAUGAUUGCUAAAGUCCAAGUCACACAGGUCAGUGACUCCCUGGUAGUCACCUGUCUCUAAAGAAAUACAUGUAUUCCCCAGCUGGUUGGCAAUAACCUCUUUGUGAUUACUGUGGUAGCUAGUAUAUUAUCUGAGUCACAUUUUCCCAACCAAAGCAAUCACUAGGAGGUUUUUGGUGCAGCAGCUUCUCUCCAACUGAUCCGAGAACCACUGCUAACCAGGUGGGGAAUACACAUUUUUCUCUAACAACCGCUGGCUGUAUAGCAUCCAAUAUAGCAGGCAAGUCUUGAGUAAUAUGCACAUUAUUGUCAUAUGAGAAACCUCAAUAUCUGUGAACUAUCAUCUGACUAUGGAAAUAAAGCAGCAGGUUUGCACAAAUGUGGCCUGUUUGCAUCUUAUAUAUUUUUGUUGAUGUCCAUUAAUGUCCACUGUCCUUUUUAA